AUGACCUUGUUGUUCGAACCUAUCACGCCGGACGGAGCUUUCAUCGUCAAGCGAGGAAACUCGUAUGGAGAUGAGGCCGUGACGCCCGCGCCCGCCGCCACCCCGGCCGAGACCCCCGCCCCUGCUCCCGCACCAGCUGAGGAGGCCCCCAAGGCCGCUGAGCAGCCGGCUCCAUGCGGAGAGGCCAAGACUGAGGCUUCCGGAUACCGCGCCAAGAGGAGCAACAGCUAUGGAGAUGAGGCCGUCACCCCUGCUGCCGCCCCUGCCGAGACUCCCGCUCCCGCUCCUGCCCCGGCUGAGGAGGCCCCCAAGGCCGCUGAGCAGCCCGCUCCCUGCGGAGAGGCCAAGACUGAGGCUUCGGGAUACCGUGCCAAGAGGAGCAACAGCUACGGAGAUGAAGCUGUGACCCCCGCUCCCGCUGCUACUCCCGCCGAGACCCCCGCCCCUGCUCCCGCCCCCGCUGAGGAGGCCCCCAAGGCCGCUGAGCAGCCCGCUCCCUGCGGAGAGGCCAAGACCGAGGCUUCUGGAUACCGUGCCAAGAGGAGCAACAGCUACGGAGACGAGGCCGUGACUCCCGCUCCUGCCGCCACCCCGGCCGAGACCCCUGCCCCUGCUCCCGCACCCGCUGAGGAGGCCCCCAAGGCCGCUGAGCAGCCGGCUCCAUGCGGAGAGGCCAAGACUGAGGCUUCCGGAUACCGCGCCAAGAGGAGCAACAGCUAUGGAGAUGAGGCCGUCACCCCUGCUGCCGCCCCUGCCGAGACUCCCGCUCCCGCUCCUGCCCCGGCUGAGGAGGCCCCCAAGGCCGCUGAGCAGCCCGCUCCCUGCGGAGAGGCCAAGACUGAGGCUUCGGGAUACCGUGCCAAGAGGAGCAACAGCUACGGAGAUGAAGCUGUGACCCCCGCUCCCGCUGCUACUCCCGCCGAGACCCCCGCCCCUGCUCCCGCCCCCGCUGAGGAGGCCCCCAAGGCCGCUGAGCAGCCCGCUCCCUGCGGAGAGGCCAAGACCGAGGCUUCUGGAUACCGUGCCAAGAGGAGCAACAGCUACGGAGACGAGGCCGUCACUCCUGCUCCUGCUGCCACCCCUGCCGAGACUCCCGCUCCCGCCCCUGCCCCAGCCGAGGAGGCCCCCAAGGCCGCCGAGCAGCCCGCCCCCUGCGGAGAAGGCCAAGACCGAGGCUUCCGGCUACCGCGCUUAGGAAUGCAAAAAAUCCCCACAAAAACAUUGGUCUCGAUU